UCAUAGCCUACCUUAUUGUUGGACUCGUGGGAAAUUCAUAACACUUUGGAGAUGAAGUAGUCAGAUUCAAAAACGAUUUUAGCGAUAUCGUAUUCUGUAAAAGGAAGGUAUCCUUUGUCCUUUAAAAGCGGUUGUAUAUUUAGACUAAUCCUGCUCUGUUCAGAACUCAAUUUUGAAAUUCAACUUUCUCAUAUUCAAUUUCCCAGUCUGGACUACCAGAAAUCAAGGUUUGAUUUGUGGAUUGUCUGGACCAGAACUCACCGUAGCUGUUUGAAGGACCACAAUGGCUGGGUACUCUAGAGACCUGGUUCAAUCCUUGCUUUGACAACACAGUUUACAAUUAAAUGUGAGAAAGACACAAACAUCACAUAACUCAGCACCAAUCAGGUGUUUCUGGUCUUGUGGCGUAUUAAAUCAGACUUCAUCAGACAUCACCAUGCCUAUUCUCAAGCAGCUAACCUCGAACCAGUCCAAGCGUCGCUCCCGGGCUGACCUGACUGCGGAGAUGAUCAGCGCCCCUCUGGGGGACUUCAGACACACCAUGCAUGUGGGUCGUGGUGGGGACGCCUUCGGGGACACCUCUUUCCUAAGUACCCGGUCUGGGGAGCCCCCUAAAGAACAAGUUCCAGAGGUCCAGCAGAGCUCCCCUGGACCCAAACCAGGCCUGUUGUCCCGAACCUUCAGGAGCAGCAAGCGCUCCCAGUCGGUGAACCGCGGUGACAUGUACAAGAACAACUCGUUGGCGCCCCCCGGUGGCUCGCCAAACUUUGUGAAGAACGCCAUCUCCCUGCCCUACCUCAAUGACGAGGACGUGGUCAGGAUGGGCAGUGGUCAGCAGAUGCCCAAGAGUGUCUCCUCCAGCCCUCUGAAGAAGCUGCCCGAGGUCGAUGGAAUCAGCAAACCAGUCAACGGUGCCUCGGCCAUGGCGAUGCUGGAUCUGGAGUUUGACGAGCGUAACUUUGGAGAACUGACUGACCUGCCCCCAUCACAUCCUCGGGGUGGCGGGAUGAAGCACGCGGAGUCCAUCAUGUCAUUCCACAUUGACCUGGGACCCUCCAUGCUGGGGGACAUCCUCAGCGUCAUGGAAAAGAAGGGCUGGGAGGAAGACGACCUGGGGUACGAGGAGGGGAAGGGCAGCGAGGGCCGCGGGUCACCCCCCUUUAGCCCUCCCACCACGGAGGAUGAGAUCGAGGACCAGGUGGAUCUACAGCCUCCAGUCAGGCCCCCACGCACCUAUCCUCAGCAGAAGGUCAUGGCCGACCCCCUCUACACCCCUCGCAGGAACUACCACCCCCACAGCCACCUGGACAGCUGCUCCGUGUCCUCCUCCGGCUCUGCCGCUCUUGAGGAGAAACCACUCCACCACCUGCAGGAGGGGGACAUGGACAGCGCCAAGUACAGCUCUCGGGGGGCUGGAGGGGAGGACGAUAAAGACUUCUCCUUCAUGGACGAGGAUGAUGAUGAGAUCAGGGUGUAAAACAGAACAGGGCUGUAAUGUCACCACCACAGAACGUGGUUAAUAACGACACCAGAACGUGGUUGGUGAGGUCACCGAAGGAGACAAUUAUUUUUCACGAGUUUUGAAGCUAUAAUAAGUCUAGGAGGGGUUGGGAGCACGAUAAAGACCGCACAAAUCCCUACAUAUGGAUCUAUCCUGAGAACUUCUAUACGGGGACAACCCUGUUCUGCUACACCUCCUGGAUCAGGAAUACCCAUACACCAUCUGUUAUUUAACCUUAUUUACUCCUGUGUGUGUGUGUGUGUGUGUGUGUGUGUGUGUGUGUGUGUGUGUGUGUGUGUGUGUGUGUGUGUGUGUGUGUGUGUGUGUGUGUGUGUGUGUGUCUGAUAGUUAAUGGAAACGAAAAUGCCUGUCCCAUGAGUCCAUUUCUCCAGCCCAUUACAGAAUUCCGUGUCGACCACUAACUCUCUCUCUCACUCACACACACUGCAACUCUGAGACACCAGUUAUUGGUUUGAGGGAUUAUUUUUGUUGAACUAUGAUCUGUCAUUAUGAUGAUCUAAUCCCACAGUUCCAAUAUGUCAUUAAAGUGUGUUUCUCCUUAUAAGGGGAUCAACCACUCAUAUCCACUCGUAUUCAACAUGAACCAUAACCCACCCACGCCACCAUUGUCUUUCCAUUCAGAGGAUUUCCCUUCAUGGUUACCAUAGCUACAGUCCUGGCUACAGUACUAGCAUAUUCCUUAUAGCGCAUUAUUAGGUAAGGGAAAACCAACCAGCGGUCAUGACACUGAUUGUCACAUUCUUUGAAAGUGGACAUAUGGAGAUUGACAGAGGUCACAGAGGUCGAAGCAUGAACUGUUGAUCACCCAGAUGGAGGUGUAAUGCGUGAGGUGUAGAGUCAUGUGAGGUCACGGACUGAACUGUAUAUUUCCCACACUGCUUUGGAGAAAGGAAGUGAAAUGUAUCCCAGCAUUCUUUGGGGCAUUGAAUGGAUUGUAUGUGUGUGUUGAGUGAGGUGAGAUGCAGUUAAAAUAUUGGUUUUGUUAAUUUUCAAAGGGUAAAUAAAGGUGGCUUCUCCUAUGUUUACUACAUACAGAAUUGAUAAAUUGGUCUUCAGGUUCUUAAACAAUGGCACAACUUGGUUGUUCAUUAUUCCAACCAUUAGUCCGCUUUAUUGUCCUGUUCACUAGACAUACUCUAUACAGCCCAACACACUCUGAAGUCCUACAUGAUCAGUUAGCUUGUUUCAUUUGUUAUCUAAUAACUACUUCUAAUAAGGGGUAGAUCAUAUUGUGCACUGUUUUAAGUCACCAUGUUGAUUGGAGGAAUUUAGUUAAAGGUUGGAGUUUGGUGAUCUUUAGUUGUUCUAAAGCCUAAUGUACUAGCCUACUCAGUGAGCCAGCUUAAGCCUUAGCUUUGGAGUUGAUUAGGCUAGGUUUGGGUUUGGCCGUGAGUCCAUGGCACUUAAGCUUAGAUCAAUGGACUCAGUCAUAUAUCCCCUGCAAACACUGCCAAGGUGUAGCAACAUAGCUCACUCCCUAAAACACUAUUGUACAUAAAAAAUCUUUGUUAUGUUUCCAUGUAAAUGUUUUAAAUUAACUUGACUUAUUAUUAAAUACAAAAAAAUGAACAUUUUGAAAAUAAAUGGCCU